AUGAAGAAAAAGAAGAAGCACACGAAAAAUCUGAGUUUAUCGAGACGACAGAGCACCGACGAGGUUAGUUUCAGGAGAUUCGAGCAUUCCGGUAAUGGGUUCGAUAGUCAAAGUCAAAAUCUUGGUUCUAAUCAAGAGUGUUUACCAUUGCAGAGGAAUAAUCAGAGAUGGGUUCAUUUACCAUUGACGAUUUAUGAAUCUUUAAGAGUGUUUGGGUCUGAGGGGUCUUGUGGUGCGGUGUUUGCACGGUGGUUGGUGGCAUUGCAGGGAGGUGAUGGAAGUGGAAUAGAGGCCGGUGGUGGUGGUGGUGGUGGUGGUGGUGGUGAGAGAGUGGUUGAGUUAAUCGCCGGAGAUGAUGAUGAUGAGAAUGAGGAAAUUGAUGAGAUGGGUAUUAUGAAUUCAAGAAGACAUGUAUUUCAAGACUUGGAGAUUGUAAACGACAGUGUCUUUGGGACAAUCGAUUAA